AUGAAUGAACAAUGUUCUUGUAAUAAUCAUAAUGAAAUGUAUAAAAUAAUUGAAAAUUAUCGUUCAAUUCUCAAUCGAAAACAACAAUAUAUAUCUAGUUGGAAAAUUUUUGAUAACAAUGGAAAAAUUAGUUUCAUACAUGGUAGUAAAUUUCGAAAACAUACUGAUGCACUAGUCAUUUGUUCAAAUAAGAUCUGUCUUAUUAAUCCAUGGUAUAAAUAUAUUGAUAUAAAUAAACAAUUUCUCUCAAUUUUAAAACAAAAUCAAUAUUAUAAAAUAUUCGAAAUUGUUUUACUUGAAUGUAAUUGUUUAACAAAUUUACAUAAAUAUGAAAUAGCAAUUAUGCAAUGUCCAUGUCUUGAACAAUUAAAAACUUACUGUACAUAUUGUCGAUUAAUUUUAAUCAUGACAGUACAUUCAAAUAUUUUAUUAUCUCAUCAAUUUUUAAAAAACGUUAGUCAACAAACAAAAAUUUCAUUUUCAUUAGAUUUUUUGCAUGAUGAAAUUAAUAUUCAUGAUCAUUUUUGCAGUCAAUUAGGACCAUAUAAAUAUCAACGUACAGUUCAAAUUCAAGUUGAAUCAGAACAAGUUCUUCGUGCUAUUACGCAAUAUGAAAGAAAUAUAUUAACAAAGAAAAAAUCCAUAAAUGCUGUCCACACAUUGUUUCUGUCAAAGGCAAUUGAUGAAGAUGCUGAUAGUUCUUUAGUAGAACCUCAGACGAUUGUUCUUUUACAAGAUGAUAAUAUUAAACAAAAUUCAUCGCAAUCAAAUAUAGAAAAUCGUUCACCGAUUAGUUCAAUAUCUCUUCCUUUUCUUUCACAAAAAAAUUUUUCAAAAAGUAUUGUACGAAAAUUUCAUUCAAACAUUUCACUAUCAUCACAACAUACAAUUGAACUAAAUAAAGGUUUGUUAUUAGAAAAAUAUAUAAGUCAAGGAACACAAACUAAAUUGUUUGCUAUUCUAUUACCACAAAGUCCAUUAAGUAUAAUGAAACACGCUAAAAUUGCUGAUCGAACAUUAGUCAAUGUGACACGAGCUUGUCAAGUAAAUACACUUUCAUAUUUAAUUAAAACAGAUAGCAGUCAAACAGAAAUACAACAUUCAUUAGAACAUAUUUCGAAUGUUAAGCAAAGAGUUUUUGAAAAUGAAAUUCAAUUAAAUCAAGAAUUAUUAUCUAAAGAAAAAACUUCAUCAACAGAAACAAAGCAUCAAAAGUUAAUGAAUUAUAAAGAUCAUGAACAAAUAGUCGAUGUACCUACUAUUAAAUUCGAUCAAGGUGAAUUACUUGAUGAUUUUCAAGAAGAAAAAUUUAAUUCAACAUCAAUAAACGAAAAGAUUUAUUCGAACGAAGAACAAAAUGAAGGAUUCAUCAUCAUGCCAUCACCAGUCAAAUGUAUUAACACUUGUGAUACUGUUGAUUUAGAUGAAUCCAUUACUCCAGUGACUUCUCUCAUUAACAAUGACAUAAACUUAACUAUACAUACAUCCAAUCUCGAACAUCCUGAUACGCAACUUAAGAUCUAUAGAAAAUUAUUCAAUAAUUCCAAUAUUCAUAUAAUCAAAUGCUCUACCAAUAAUAAUAACAAUGAGCAAUUAACAUCCAUCCAAAGAAAUCAUUCGUUAGCAUCCGUUGGUCAUUUAUCAUCAAAUUCUUAUCAAACAUCAAAAUUAUUUCGUUUAAAAAUAAAUUCCUAUCGAAUAUUAUAUCGAAAAAGACGAGAAUAUCGAAAUAAAACACGUAUUUAUAAUUUUCUUCAACGUCUGUAUCGUCGAAAAAAACCAAAGAUUUCUCAGUUACAUCUCUUUGAACAUCAUUCUCCAUCGUAUUCAACAUCAUCAUUCAUGAUAGCAACUGAUCAUUGCAAACAAUUUGAUAAUUGUUUAUUGACUACUCAAACGAAUACAAAUAAACACCAUACACCAUAUCAUCGACGACAACAAUCUAUUGUUAAUUUACAUUUAAAUAAUUCUGAUAUGAAUUGUCAAUAUAAAGCAUAUGAUCACAUAAUAGUAGCUAGAGCAUCAAAAAAUUCUACAGCUUGUAAACAAUUACAAACAUUAUUGAAUAAUCAUGAUACUUUUUUAGAACAACUUAUCGAUUCACAACUUAUAUUAACAUGUAAUGAUGAUUAUAGAUCAAUUUGUAUUCUUAUUGAUGAUCAUAAACAAUCAGAACAAUAUCGAUCAUCAUUUCUUCAUUAUAUUUAUACAACUUUAUCAAAAACUCUUAAAAAAAUUUUUGAAAAUGAUUCAAUACAAUUAACAUGUAUGAAUUUAGCUUUUUUUAAUAAUUCUCUAUGUGAUAUUAUUAAUAUGCAACGAUUACGUUUAAUUGACACAGGUAGAAAAAUAGUUCUUCAACCAUCAUGUGAAACAUCAUUAAGAACUCUUGAUGAUAUUAAUAUAGCCAUGAAUCGUCUCAGUACAAAAAUGUCAUUUGCUCAUCAAAUAUUUAUCAUUAAUUUUUAUAGUGAACGAUCAUCUGCAUCUGGUUCAUUUCUCUUUUUACAAUUAGCGCCUAUUUGUUCUAUACAAUCAAAAGGUUUACUAACUAAUUUAAAUUCAACGACUUAUUCCGUAUUAAAUUUAAUAAGACAAUUAAGUAAUGGUCAAUUAUUCAACCAUAAUAGAGCAAAACGAUAUCUUUUGAAUGAUUAUUCAUUAAAUCGUCUUUUGAAAAAUUAUCUCUUUUCUCCACAACAAACAAUGACUGUUCUUACAAUCAAAUCUAAAGUACAACAACAAUAA